AUGUAUUGUGAAAAUGAGACUGACUGUAAUAAAGAAAAUAAUAUUGGCUGCAAUAAAGAACAACUAGACGAAGACUUGAUAGCAGCGGUAAAAAGCAGACCUGCUCUUUAUGAUUUUCGCCUGCCUUUAAAAGAAAGAGGAAGAAAACAUAAAGAUGCUUCAUGGAAAGAAAUCAGUGAAUAUUUGAAAGAAAAGCUAGAAAUUUGUUCAAGAAGCAACAAGAUGUUAUACAAAGAAGUGGUGCAGCGAAAACCGAAGUUAUCAAGCCAUCUUUUCGUUAUUACAAUGUAAUGACGUUUUUGAACGAUACACUAGAAUAUCGACAGUAAGAAAAAUAAUACUUGUGUAAUAACAUUUUAGUUGCUACUACUGUAAAACGACAAUUGGCAUCUGCAAGUGCCAUAAGCACAAUACUGUGCAUAUUUCUGUAAUUAUAAAAUGUUGAACCACUAUGUGGCGGAGUCUAUAAUAAAACAAGGGUAAUUUA